UCCCUAUCAGCAAUAGGACAAGCCCUUCUAGCACACCUGGCAUUUCAGUCUGUCUUGGUGCUGUGACAGGUCUGAAGAACACUGGGUUCCACUUGGUUUUUGUAGCUGAAGGAAAAUGAUGGAAGAGAGCGGAAUAGAGACAACUCCACCUGGUACACCCCCACCAAGCACAGCAGGAUCUACUGCUGCCUCUGCUACUCCUGUCUCAUUAGCUUUAUCCAGUCCGCUUGCUACACCAAGCAUAUCAUCUCCAGCAUACUCUCCACCUUUGCCAGCUGCAGUGGCUCUGCUUCCUCCUCCUAUAAUGACUUCAGCUACACCUUCAUUCGUGCCUUCUGCAGCAGUUUCUACUAUUGCUCCACCUCUGGCUCCUGCCCCAGCUCCUGUUACCUCUUCAGCUUUUAGUACCUCUCUGCCUCAGUUCUCUGCACCUCCUCCACUAAGCUCCACAACUGGUUCUGGUCUUUCUGUACCUCCCACUGGUCCACCCAUUUCAGGAUUUUCUCUGUCUUCAACCUAUGAUAUUACCAGAGGUCAUGCUGGUCGAGCACCACAAAGCCCACUGAUGCCAUCAUAUUCUGCACCUCCAGUUACAGGUGUUUUGGCAGAUCCUAUUACUCAACAAGCAUCUUUCUCAUCACCUUUGGCUUCUGGAACAGGAAGUGGUUCUGCAAUCACUUUUCCUGAGGAGCAUGAAGACCCCAGAGUGUCUGCUGCCCAGAGUGGAGCACCUGCUGGAGGUCUGUGGGGGUUUAUAAAGGGUGUAGCUGAGAAUCCCAUGGUAAAGUCUGUUCUGGAUAAAACCAAACAUUCAGUGGAGUCCAUGAUCACAACACUGGAUCCCGGCAUGGUUCCAUAUAUCAAAACUGGUGGAGAACUGGACAUAGUGGUUACUUCUAAUAAGGAAGUAAAAGUUGCAGCAAUUAGAGAUGCCUUUCAGGAAGUCUUUGGGAUGGCUGUUGUUACUGGAGAGGCUGCACCGUCUAACAUCGCACCCCAACCUGUGGGCUAUGCUGCAGGUUUAAAAGGAGCCCAGGAAAGGAUAGACAGCUUGCGUCGGACAGGAGUAAUACAUGAAAAACAGCCUGCUGUGUCAGUGGAAAGCUUCAUUGAGGAAUUACUUCCUGACAAGUGGUUUGACAUCGGAUGUCUGAUUAUUGAGGACCCGGUUCAUGGAAUUCAUCUGGAAGCUUUUACCCAGGCAACACCAGUUCCUCUACAAUAUGUUCAGCAGGCUAAGAGUCUCACGCCUCAGGACUACAACCUGAGAUGGUCGGGCCUGUUGAUGACAGUGGGUGAAGUGAUUGAGAAGAACCUACUGAACGUCAACAGGACUGAUUGGCACGUGGUGUUCACUGGCAUGUCCCGCCGGCAGAUGAUCUACAGUGCAGCCAAGGCUCUAGCUGGGAUGUACAAACAACAUUUGCCACCUCGGACCGUUUGAAAGAAGAUUGAUCCGUGACCAUAAAGAAUACUGGUUUUAAUCCUGGAAUUGUAAAAGUUACAUAUUCUGAUUCUAAGUGGGGAUACAGCACAGAUUUAUAAUCUACUUGUAAACUGUAUUUUACUUUUUGAGAAGUGAAGGUUGUUUCCGGAAAUGAGUAAUUCCAGUUUUUGAUAACUGUGUGAUUUCCAGUAUGAUUCAUAAAAGAGGAAAUCAGAACAAGCGUAUUUAUGACUAGGAUAAUAGUGUAACAGUUUAUGAAGUGGAAUGUGCUAUUACUUGACACCUUAAAAGGCAUUUGGUGUGAUGUUUAAUAUUUUAGUUACUCGGUAACUUUUUCUAAAGAUGGGGAUUGUUGUUUAGCUACUUUUCUUAGUAAUAUAAACAUGUUGGCAGCAUAAUAUGUAUGUUGUACGUGCGUUUCAGUGUAGGGAGGCAACUUCUGUGGUGGAUGUUUCCAUAAGGCCUGUGCUUACGUGGUACACUUCACACCACCAAGGCUUGGUGUACUUAAGUUCUCAGGACUGAAGCUGCCUAGUUCUGAUAACAUGUAACAGUAAAUUGCUGAAGAGCACAAGUCCAUGCCCAGGUGGUUGAAGUCUGGACUAAUGAAUUUUUGAAAUACAAUUUUCCAAACUGCAUCUUCUUCUUUCUUUUCCCUCAUUUUCUUUUUAUCUUUUUUUUCUUUAUGUAUAGCUUUUCUAUAGCGGAGAUGCAAUCCAUCUCCAGCUAAAACGCAGAUUUAUUGUUGCUUCUGUGGCUUUUAGAUCAGAUACCAUAUACACGUGAAAUUAUUUAGUUUCCUCUAUUAAGUUACAAUUGUCAACAAUUUCAUCUAGAAAAUGGUGGGAUGUAUAUCUCUUGCUUUGUUAUCCUGCAUUUUCUAUAUGUUUGUAAGUCUUAAAGGCAUUCUUGUUGUCAUGGGCUGUUUUUUAUAAAAGUUUCUGGUCUUGUCUGAUUUUUUUUCAUGGCUAAGAAUAUCUUCUAUCCGUGCUCACACAAUCUGAAAUCUUUAUUCAGAAAUAUGGGAGUA